AUCGAACACAAAACUAAACAUUGGUUACAAAUCAACAACAACGGUCUUAAUAUUAAUAACAAUAAUAGCAAUAAUAACAAUAAUUUUUGCGUUAACAAUAAUGUUAACAUUAAUUGCUCAAACAAUAACAGCGGUCACAACAAUAACAUCAAUAGCAAUAGUAGCUGCAACAACGCUUGUAAAUAUAACAACAACAUAGAAAAUAAUUCCCAAAAUGAAAGUAACAAUCCUAGCGAUGAAUAUAGAAUAGAUUCCAAUUUGAUCGAUCACCAUCAUUCACUGCCGGUCGCAUCAGACUCUUCAAGCAACCUUAACACCGACGAAACUAAAAGAAACAACAAUUCUCUUGGCAACGACAAUGUGAAAAGCAGUUCUCAAAACAACAACAACCCCAGUGUAAGUGGCAGUAAUAAGCAGAGCGUCCAAGUUGAUGACAGCGAAUCAGCGGUCACCACGUCUCCAAAAAUGAACAAGAAGUUGAAACUGGAGCAGCAAACAUCUGAGGAGGACAACAACAGCGACAACAUUACAACGACCAGCAACAACGAUCUCAACAACGAAAACAACAACGAAGACGACGACGAAGAUGAGGAUUGCAACUUGAACGGCGACAACAAAACAGCGAGAGAAUGUAGAGAUGCUAACGUAAUAUUAGACGUUGUCGGUGACAGUGAUUUUAAGAAAGAACCAAACUCAAUAACGUGUGCUAUGUGCGGCGAAACCUUUGAAAACCCUUGGUUAUU